AUGCCCGAAACAAAAAGAGUUCGUCAAUUCCAUUCCCGGACGUAUGCUGACGAAGUUCUGAAAGGGAUUGAUGUGGCAGGGAAAACAUAUGCUAUUACUGGAACCACAUCGGGAAUCGGUGUUGAUACUGCAGAAGUACUGGCCUUGGCUGGAGCUCAUGUAGUCUUAAUCAAUAGAAAUUUACGAGCAUCGGAAACCCAGAAAAGGAAAAUUUUGGAGAAGAAGCCAGAUGCGAAGGUUGAUAUUAUUUAUUGCGAUUUGAGCGAUUUGAAGACUGCUAGAAAAGCUGGAGAGGAGUAUUUGAAGAAAAAGUGGCCAAUACAUGGACUUAUUCUCAAUGCAGGAGUCUUUCAACCUGCUGUUGCUAAGACAAAAGAUGGCCUUGAAUCACAUUUCGGUGUUAAUGUCCUUGCUCAUUUUACACUUCUCCGAAUCCUGCUUCCAGUGGUUCGACUCUCCGCGCCGUCCAGAAUUGUAAUACUUUCUUCAACUCUCAGUUCCAGACAUGGUUUCAAAAAAUCUAUGGGAAUAACUGAGAAGUUGAAAAUUCUUCAAGAAGAGAAAGCUUCUGCGUCAUCUCUUCAGCUUUAUGGAGCUUCGAAAAUGGCAGAUAUGCUGAUUGCAUUCAAAUUACACAGAGAUGAGUAUAAAAAUGAAAUUAGCACAUAUUUCGUGCAUCCCGGGGAUGGAGUUAGAACCGACAUUUUCAGAGAUUCUACACUCGGAAAGGUGCUAACUGUUCUCUCAACGCCUUGUAUAAAAAACUGCAGCCAGGGGGCAGCGACAACAGUAUACUGUGCUACUCACCCAGAAGUUGAAAAAAUCUCUGGAAAAUAUUGGGAGUCUUGCUGGGAUAACGAUAAAAUUGAUAAGAAGACAGCUAGAGAUGAGGAGUUACAGGAAGCUUUAUGGAAGAAAUUGGAGGAGCUGGACGAUGGCAUUAAUGGUCAAGUCACUGCAUUCUGA